AUGUCUUCUUCUGAAGCAACAAAAAAGACAUAUUGGAUCCCCAACAUAGACAUACACAGAAAGGUGAUUGUUGCCGAGAUACGUUAUUAUCUCGGACCUGAGGCCAGCGUGCGCACUUAUCAAAACGAGGGCGAAGAUGGCUUUCUGAUUACCACCCCAGGGCCAUGUCUCUCUGAUGAACAAAUCGACGACAUUUGCAACAAGUCUCGCGAAAUGUACAAAAAACAGGCCGAAGCGCGUCAAUCAUCCGGUGGCAGCAGCGCCGACACCGAGCAAAAGACUCUCAAGCGUCCCUGGCACAAGCCGGUGGUGAUCAGUCGGGGCGGAUACAGCGCUCGAAACCCUCACAGGCGGCACAGGAAGGAUGACGAGAGGAGCGGCCGCAGCAGACGCCCAGGCUGA